AUGAGCAGUCUGGUGUCAGGGAAAGUCUUGCUUAAAUUUCAAGUGGAAAAUUUGCAAGAAACGUCGGCAAAUCACUGCUCCCAGUCUCUGAGAAGAUAUAUCUAUGGAAUUUUAAACGGUGCCCCAUUGCCUGGCGGGAAAAGCACGAUGGUUCAAGAAUGGGACAGAGUGGGUGAUCAGGUCAAGCCUUCAAGUAUCUCACCCACCGAUGGUGAAAACGUACCAUGUUUGAAUGAGAUACCAUGCCUUGAUCCGGAUAAGAAGUUAGCGUUGUUCUUAGACGCGCUUGACUCAAACACAACCAACAUCAAGUCAUUGCCGGCGGAGUUAAAGUUGGUUGCAGCGUCACUUCGUUUUUGGGCCAGAAACGCUUACUCAAAAGUGGAGCCCAACCAUCUUAGCGCUAUACUCUGCGGUUGUGUUAAACUAGAGGACGGUUCAUGGAAAGAA